AUGCUCAAACAAGCUGCUGCAUUGCUAAAACGCGUAUCUACCACUUCACUACACCGACCACUCGCCAUGGCAAUCAUCCUUCGAGAAGCAUCCGAUGCGGAUAUCCCAAGAUCUAUGGAAAUGGAAAGCUCGGCAUACGCCGCAACGUCGAGCGCCAGCGGCUCUAUCCUCUUUCCCGGCCCCUUCCCACCUGAAGGACGCCAGAUACGUGUGCAGCAGAUCAUCGACUCGGGCAAAAACUCAGCAACAACUUUCAUGUUAGCAAUCGACGAGGAAACAGGCGAGCAAAUGGCGUUUUCCAAGUGGUGCUUCUAUAAGACGGAAGAAGAGGCAAAGUCUGCACCUCCGCGGCCAAUUCCAAGAGGACCGGGACUGAAUGCGGGGGCUUGUCAAGCGUUCUUCGGAGGACUGAUAGAAAAGAAGACGGAAAUUAUGGGCACUUCACCGCAUGUUUAUCUGCAUAUGCUGCACACUGACCCCAAGUAUCAAAAGCGGGGAGCCGCUAGUGCGCUUCUCAAAUGGGGUUUACAACGCGCAGAUGAACUUGGUCUACCCACGUAUCUCGAAUCCAGUCCAAUCGGGCAGCCACUUUAUAAGAAACACGGAUUCAAAGAUGUUGGUAGUGUUGACGUUGAUCUGACUCCGUUCGGGGGAGAAGGUCUUACUCAUAGUGCUCCAUGUAUGUUGCGAGAGGCAUACAAUACAUCUACAUAG